UAAUUGGUCUUCAUGUGUAUGUGUGUGUCUGUGUUAACUAAUGACCUUUAUGCGUCGCAUACCCAUCUAUCAUGUCGCCCUCAUCUCUAAGCUUCACAAACACGGUGUCGACAUGCACGUCAGCCUAGCUCAGCCCGUAUUCAUGAGUCUAUUGGCUGUUGUCCUUGGGCCUCGGUGAUAGACAUGUCCGGGGAGAGAGGCCGAUCCAGCCAGACCUGCGACCACAUAGCCAAAUCCAUUGGGGAAGUGAGAAGGUGACGCGCCGGGUGGCUUACUUUUGUGGUGGUGCUGGUGGUGGUUUGGCCUGCAUCUCGUCAAAGAAGGACGACAUCUGUGUGUCGACCUGACCAAAGACGGAGAGGACGGCGGAGUACGUGGUACCUGCAUGUUGCCGCUGUAUGCCUACAGAGUUGAGUUGCAUUCUCAGGACAUCGUUUUUCUGUCUCCUCAAUGUCGCUAUCUCCUCGAGCAAACUUUGCUGACACACACACACAUACCUACGUCGUACAGGCUCUCGGGUUCUCGGAUUUGUGUCUCUCUCAGGCUGACCAGGACUUUUGCCUCUCUGCCCUGGUCAGUGUCGGCUAUCUCCUUGAAGCUGGCAACAAUCUCACUGCACACACACACACACAAAAACACACACACAGCGCCCAGUCAGUGUUGUUUUCUUCCCAAGUGUAUGUGUGUGUACUUCAGUGAGUGGUCAGAAGAGUAGAGGGUCUCCCUUGCGCCCGUGAAGGUGCCCUUGAGUGUCAUCUCGGAUACGUCUGUUUCCCUCAGUGCACUGAGCUUGGCCUCACACAGGUCGACCAUCCUGCUGGAACCAUUGCCGCCCUCUGAAACACACAAGAAUAAACAGCACAGAAGAGAUUCAUUUGUACUGAGUGUUUACGACGUGUGUCCCGCCCACCGGUUGCUGAUGCGGCUGCUCUCUUUGACAGGUCCCAUAGCAACUGCUUCCGCCGAUGCCACAGACGGACCUGAGAGACGUGCAGGCAGUGAGUGGGAUCUGCAGAGUGGAUGGAUGGAUGGAUGGCUCAUGCCAUGCCAUGCGUGUCCCUCCCUCGUACACACCUUACUUACCGCAUCCUCAGCCUUUUUCUUCUUCUCCUGCUGCUUCAUCUUCUCCUGCAAAAAUGCAUGACCGAGAUGAAUGACACGCGCAGUUUGGCUUCCUCCCGCCUGCCCAACUCUCUCACUGUUUCCAGCUCCCCCCUCUGCAGCAUCAGUGCCAUUCGGCUGCUCUGGUUGGCCCUUCACGGACGCACCCACAUAUAUGGUGGAGGUCUGUGUGUCUCUGUGUGUGUGUCCUCACUCUUGGAAAUGCAUCGCAUCGGCCAAUUUCAUCUGCAGCGCGCGCAAGGGCUGACCUUGCAGGUCGUUUUCCUUGGCCUUGAGCUCAUCAAUUGUCUCCGACAGGUGCUUCUCCUGCUGCUCCACACUCACUGCGACACAGGCACCGGCGGACAGCGGCAAAGUAUGUGUACGUCUCGUGUCUCUCCUUCUCUCUGUGUGACCGAUUUGUUGUUUGAUAUCUUCAAGCUCGGUGUCUAUGGAUGUGUUGGUGUGGGCGGCCGCUGCCCUCUCGUCACGCUGAAACAAGCGGACGGGGGAGCUUUCACGUAAGUCAGGUGCGGUGGUCCUUAGUACGUACCUCCGCUGAGAUGAAUUCAUCAAUGCUGCUGAGGAACUCAUCCAGCUCACGAUUGCCCACUUCCAGAUCACGCACCUUCGCCUUGGACGUCUCCUUCUUAUCCGAGACACGCCGCUCAGCUGCACACAGAGUGACUGUCUCCGUGAAUUAGUGUUCCACGUGGUGCCGGCAGUGAUUACCCUUAGUCUUGGAAAGAGUCUUCUGCAGGGACUCCACCUGUUCUUCCAGGUACUUGACGUGGUCCGGAUCGCCCGUCGUGCCGGCGAUUGUCUUGGUGCUGACGCAUACAGUGACGCCCCUCAUCCGGCCCACAAACUGGCUGGCCCUCACGACGCAUGUCGGCUUGGCGGGGUUGAGGGCGCCACCGCUGAGGAACACAGCCGCCUCCCCCCACACGUAGACCUCGCCUUCAGCGGUGACCGCCGCUGAGGAGUGAGGGCCCGCUGAUAUGUGCUUGCAACGGGACAUGACCUGAAUGGAUGGAUGGACAUGACAUCGAUGCGUGUGCAGCCUAGCCUAGCCUGCCAUGUGUGUGCCUUCCUUGUUUGCAAGGCAAUGCAUACCUUGACCGGCUCUGUCUUGUCGUGGCUGUCAUUGCAACCGACUUGGCCGCUUUUGUUGCGGCCCCAUGCAAAGACACUGCCGUCCACUGCCAACGCCAAGCUGUGGUGCUUCCCUGCACGAAUGCGGGCAGCGCAUGAGCAUGGAGAAUCCGUCUCGUUGGUUAAAGGAAAAACAGAAGCUGACCACAGGCGACCACCUUGACUUGAUGGUCAAGGAGUGCAUUGAUGGGAAAGGGCUGCUCGUUUUCUUCCUGAGAAGGAAAGGCACAAUCGAUCUACCAGCUGAGAAUGACAACAACGUGCCCUUCUGUCUCUCUUGCCCUUUUCUGUGCCGGACGCCCCAGCUGCCCAUACUCAUUGUCCCCCCAAGAAUACACAAUGCCCUCAUCUGCAAGACAUCACACACACACCAGGCACAAACAACCACAGCCAUCGAUUCAGUGCAAUGUGAGACAAGCCUGAUCUAAGCCCCACCAGUGGCCAGGAGGCCGUGCCGCUCUCCAAUGGCCACCGCUAUCACCAAUCUGCCAGGCGGAGGCGCCUCCUUCGCCGCUCCAUUGACGAAGUAAGAUGCCCGCACGUCGCCUCUUUGCGCCUUGUACCCGAUCAUCUGGGCGGGCGGACGCAAGCAAAGCGCUCACACAGCGACAGAGAAGCCUUGCUGCCAGGCAAAAAGAUCACUGGAGGCC